AACAUUGACGCUCGAUCCGAACGCGCAAGCGGCGUCUGUUUUCGGAGCGUGUUUCAGACGGACUUGUUUUCAAAGCGUACCGAAAAUCGCGGGCUGCAUGGGGAGCGUGGGGCAAGAUGAGGUCAGAGCUUUAGCAGGGUACAUGAGCACUAACCACAUAGCCAAUGUGGAGAGGCCUGCUGCUGAAGGGCACCACCUGUCUCCUGCAGGUGUCAGCCCAAAGCUCUCUCCAUCAAAUAUCUUUUUCCUCCCGGGGUCUCAGACUUCUCACCUGUAGCAGGUUCCUCCACAGGCUCCGUGGGACGCCAUGCAUCCCUACGCGUAGACCCACAGACGUCUUCCUGCCCCACAACCUUAUCAGGAGUUACAAAAAGGAUGCCAAGUCCACCGUAGAAUUCCCCCUGAUUCCCAUCACGGUCACAGACAUCAAGCUGUACCUGCGCUCCAAAGACGUUCCCUUCCACGAUGGCUACAGCUGCCUCCACGUCCCGAGCGUCUUCGUGGACCCGUCCCAGAGGAGGGACGGCUUCUCCCUGUUCGUCGACAAAACCACGGGCCAGUUUCUGUGCAAGGACACGCUGGUGGAGGGCAGCUGGGAGGACCUGCAGGACUGUCUGGAGGUGAUGCAGAAGGACGAGCAGGACUCGCUCAGCCCUCAUGUGCUGCUGGGGUAUCCGGAGAGCCUGGAGGAGCAGGAGGAGAGGGAGAGGGGGCUGAGGGAGGUCCAGGAGAUCUGGUCCAGCUCGGUGCCCUUUGCAGAUCUCCCAGAGGAGGAGGGUCAGCUGGUUAAAACCAUGUUCCAGAUCACGAAGAUCUUCAAUGCAACCUUGAAAAAGUUUGGAGUGAGGCUCUUUAAGCCCACCAAGAGUCUGGUUUUCCCCUGGUUUGGGGGUCCUGACUCCUCCUUAAAGGGGAUCAAGCUUCUCUCUGCUCAAAUGACAGACGCAGAGAAAGUCGCCUACAACGAAGCCAUGGUUCCAAAGUGCAGUUCCUACUACAACUUGUUCGGCCUCGCCCUCGUGAGCCGCAUGGACUCGGAGGUGGUGGUGACCGGCUCCGAGCUGGAUGCUUUGGCCGUGAGCCAGGGCACGGGACUCCCCAGCGUGGCUCUCCCCCGCGGGGUCAGCUGCCUUCCGCCGGCGCUGCUGCCCUACCUGGAGCAGUUCAAGAGGGUGACGUUAUGGCUGGGGGGCGACAUCCGCUCCUGGGAGGCGUCAAAGAUCUUCUCCCGUAAGCUGGGCCUGCGGCGCUGCGCCCUGGUGCGGCCGGGGGAGUUCCAGCCGUGUCCGCUGGAGGCCCUCUCCCAGGGGAAGAACUUGUCUCGCAUUGUCAAAGCCGCCAUCCCAGCGGCGCACAAGUCCAUCGUCUCGUUCAAGCAGCUCAGAGAGGACGUGUACGGCGAGCUGAUGAACACGGACCAGGUAGCCGGAGUUAAAUGGACCAGAUUUCCAGAGCUCAAUCGGAUCUUAAAGGGCCAUAGAAAAGGAGAGCUCACAGUUUUUACAGGUCCCACUGGGAGCGGGAAGACCACCUUCAUCAGUGAGCUUGCCCUGGACCUCUGCAUGCAGGGCGUCAACACGUUAUGGGGCAGCUUUGAGAUCAACAACGUGCGUCUGGCUAAGAUCAUGCUGACGCAGUUCGCCAUGCAGAGGCUGGAGGAGAACCUGGAGCAGUACGACUUCUGGGCGGACAAAUUCGAGGAGCUGCCGCUCUACUUUAUGACGUUCCACGGACAGCAGAACAUCAAGACAGUGAUGGACACCAUGCAGCACGCCGUCUACCUCUAUGACAUCAACCAUGUCAUCAUUGAUAACCUGCAGUUCAUGAUGGGUCAAGAAAACCUCUCAGUAGAUAAGUUUGCUGUCCAGGACCACAUCAUCGGGGUGUUCAGGAAGUUUGCCACCAACAGCAGCUGCCACGUCACCCUGAUCAUCCACCCGAGGAAAGAGGAGGACGACCGAGAACUGCAGACGGCGUCCAUCUUCGGUUCUGCUAAGGCGAGCCAAGAGGCCGACAACGUCCUCAUCCUGCAGGAGAAGAAGCUGGUGACGUGUCCCGGCCGCAGAUCCCUGCAGGUCACCAAAAACCGCUUCGACGGAGACGUGGGCAUCUUCCCGCUGGACUUCAUCAAGUCUUCGCUCACCUUUUCCACCCCCAUCAAAGGCAAGCACAAGCUGAGGAAGGUCGCCGCCAAGCCGGAAAAUGAGGAGGAGGCCCAGGGGAAGGCCGACGAGGCGCCUUUAAAGAAGGACGAGGGGAAGAAGGAGAAGGCGACGAAAACAGCUAAGGCGUCACCGGCGGUUAAGAGCCCGGCUAAUGGGAGCGAGAAAGCAAAGUGACGGCACAAGAAGUUUAAAGAACGGAGCGAACCCUAGAUAUUUAAAGUUCUCAUAGUUGAGCUGAGCUGACUGCAAAUAUCCAUUGUACUGUGCAAAAGUCUUCAGUCAACUUAUUAUUUUACAGUUUGCUUGUAAGGAGCUAAAACGUCUGGUAAUCUUUCAAAGUGAUACUGAUCAAAGUUUCCUUAGACUUUCUGAAGGCCUUAAAAGGUAUCCUCCUCAGCUUUUAUUUUCUUUUGUUCAGUCCACUACUCGGCCGUUUUAGAGAAAUACCAAAUCUAACAAAGUUGUACGAGAGAAACUUGUAUUUCAGCUUCAACAGGGAUUCCCAAAGAGGGAUUUAGCCAAGAUUGUAGACGAUAAACUGAUGCAUGCUGCAUCUCUCAGGUCCUAGGAAGAUAUCUGUCUCCAGUACUCGCUAGCGUGAUGCGCCGUCUUGCUCAGAUGCGGGGACAGGAUUAAAAGUUAGAUAAAAGCUGACACAUUUUUAAGACAAACUUCCAAAGGCCUGGGAAACUAUUAGAAAAUCCAUUUAAAGAUGGAGAAAUAUGGAGAAGAAGGGAAACAAGCGAAACACUGGUGAUUAAAAACUUUUGUGCUGUGCUCAGAAUGCAAAGCAAGUGGUAUUUCUGAUGGUGAAAAAGAAACCUUAAAAAUAAGUAAGCAGUGUUUUUAAGCUGCCUACACGGUUUCUUACUUUGGCGCAUAAAUGCUUUUAGUGCAUUCUGGGAAACAUCAAGUUGCUGGUUAAGCGUGUAGAAUUUACUGCUGUAACACUAUAUAUAUAUAUAUAUAUAUAUAUAUAUAUAUAUAUAUAUAUAUAUAUAUAUAUAUAUAUAUAUAUAUAUAUAUAUAUAUAUAUAACAGAAUAUCAUAUUUUUGCUGUCGUGUCACCAUCUCUCAUUGACCUUUUUCAAGAUUUGAUAAUCUCUUGAGCAUUUUGGGAUGAACGUAAAUUCAAGCACACUGACUAUGAGCGCCCUCUUGUGGUCAAUAUCUUGUUAGCCGAAUCAGUGGACUGGGUCAGUUCAGCUGAGUCAGCUAGUCUGGGAAAGUCAGCCCUAACUUUGGUCUCAAAGUUACAGAUAUAAGCUGUUUAUUAGUAUUCCGACAGCUUAGAUCUCAUCACAACACACAUAGUUUUGUGGACAUGUUCCUGUGUUUGAAUGUAUUGAAUGUAUAAAACAACAGGACCGUGUUCGACUCGUGUAUGAUCUAAUUCCCACAUCCAGCCUAUAACAUCGCUACAUUCUAUGUGUCGAAGCUCUAGAGGAAGAUGCUCACAGAGCCUGAUGAGAUGCAAACCAUUGGAAGGGCUAAUAAAUGUUUAUUUCCACUUUAUAUCCAUCAUACACACCCACACCACACAGACAUGUGAAUCAGGUAGAAUUUCAUUGAACAUUUAUUUCAGUAAUCCAAUUUUGAAAUUGAAACCCAUAUAGAUGUAACACACAUAGAGUGAUCCAUGUGACAAUUUUAAUGACCGGAUAUGUCUAAAGCAAGUCCAGUUUAUUAGAAAGCUUUAAUUACAUUCAGCAGAAGCAAACACUUCUUAUAUAGAUUGUAUGUAUAAUGAUUAGAUUUAUGAAGGGUUUCAGUGUUUGAAAUGAAUUACUGAAAUAAACUUUUAAAUCAUAUUCUAAUUUUGAAGAGGUACACCUGCAUUGAUCUAAGUAUAAAGCGUGACAACAUACACAAUCUGAACCUGGGGUUGGCCGUGGAGCUGCGGCUUGUUCUAAAUCCGAUUUCUUGGCUUUGGGUCCAGAAAUUCUACCUUUUGAGUGCAAAUUGAAGCCAUCGCCAUUAUCAGACCAAUGAUUUGCGGUGCUAAUGUGUGGGGAAUAUUUUGUCUAUAUGGUUCACCGCUCAUGCUGCAACACUUAUCGUCUGGUCCAGAAGGUGUGGCGCGCUUUUUUUCUUCACUUAAUGUGCACAUGAGAUACUUGUAUGCUUUUAUAUUCCCUACAGUGUGAUGGGCAUACGUUCAGUAAUAGGUUGAAGGAAAGAUGGUAAAAAAAAAUAAAAAAAUUAACCUUCAAUACAGUAUUAAAAGCUUUACGCCCAAGUAUUCCAUUCAAAAUUCACUGAUCAGUUGUUUCUAUACUGUGAAACUAAUCAAAUGUGAACCCAAUGCAUUUCAUUUUAACACAAUCGUUGUCUGCAUUACCACGAUGUGUUCUCCCUCUACUGUAUUUCUACCUAAUAUGUACCGAGUUUUAAUAAAAUAAGCUUUUUCUUAUAAA